AUGGUCGUCUUUGAUGGCUCAUUAAAAUUCAGUCUUAUUCUACUUCUGUUGAUUUCUACAAUGCAUGUGUUCUGGUCUUAUCCCGUUCCACCUUCUAAGGUGCCUGGAAAAUCUGAUUACUUUCUCAUCCUGCUGAACAGCUGCCCAACCAGGAUGGACAGGAGCGAGGGACUAGAUUUUCUAAAGCCAAUUUUGGAGAAGACAUUCAUGAAAAGGAAAAGGUCCUUUCGCAAUGGAGUUGGAACAGGGAUGAAAAAAACUUCCUUUCGAAGAGCAAAAUCAUGA